AUGCCAACUUUGACUGCCACUUCUUUGGAUUCACCUAGCUCUACACGCCGGACGAAAUUGGGCCAGUGGUUCAUCAUUGCCAUUGCUGGACUAGACGGUCGCGUAUGGUUCGUGGCAGGGCAAAGGAAAUCUCGGUCGGAUGUGGCUCCGAGACUUCCUUGCCGCACCAUGAUCUACGGAUACAAUCCUAAGGUAUCGAGCCACGGAGUCGAGACGAUCCUCGAUUACGGGCGGGAGCUGAUGGAGGAGAUUAAGAAAAUCCGGAACUCGAAGGAGCUUCAGCAGAGACCUCUCUUUUUUAUUACACACGGUUUUGGAGGGAUUAUCCUAGCUCAUGCGAUGGAGGAAGACCACCCGGCGAUCACAUCGCUAUAUCGAGCCACGUACGGCAUGAUCCUCUUUGCUAUCCCAUAUAGAGGGUUGGUGAUGGACGACAUCCAGCAGAUGCUAGCAGGGGAUGAAAGCCAUCCGCGGGAACAACUGCUGCUGCAGAUUUCUAGCCAAUUAGAUAUCCUAAUUCAUCAACUGGCCGAUUUUAAGAAUCUGAUCCGGCACCGGAAGGUGGUCAGCUUGUAUCAAACGGAGCAGACGAGGCGGUUGGUAUUCAACUCGGAAAGCGGACGGUGGAGACGCACCGGGGAUUAUAUAACGACGGUUGGCGCAGACUCGGCUCUUCUCCAGCUCCCAGACUUUGUGGAGGAUAAGAUACCGCUACAUGCCGAUCACUCGGUGGUGGUCAAAUUUGACACACGCAACGCGGCCGGACGCGCCAUCAGUGGUGGCGGCUCGCCGUGCUUCAUGGUGCCUUACAAGAAGGACCCGAUGUUAAUGGGCCAAAAAGCUAUCAUCAGUGCGAUUAAGGAAAGACACAAGGCGAUCGGCCAGCGUCAUGAGCGGGUGGCAUUAAAGAACCCAGACAGCCAUCGAGUAUUCCUAUCAUGUGCGAGAAACUACACAGGACACGUGGGCUUUUUAGAUCCACGCCAGCAAUGCAGCGCGGUUAGAACAGGGCUACCAGCAGAUUGCCACAGUCGCGGAGAUUCCGAGGCGACACGAUCCGAAGAUGAACAUCCUCCAGCUUAUAUAUCACUAAUGGUGCUAGAUAAUGCGGAUGACGAUAGGAUCUUUUUUAGCGGUAAUAAAUCCCAUAAAAGAGGGCCGCUAGUGAACUUCCUACCCCAGGCCGCGCAUAGAUCGAUCCUAGUUACGUCGCGAAACGGUCUUACAGCACGGAACUUAGUAGGGAGCGACGGUCAUAUAAUCGAUGUUCAGCCAAUAAACAAGGAAGAGUCCCUCGCCCUUUUACGAGCAAAGAUUCCGGCCCCCCACUUUAGAGAGGACAUAAAGGCACUGGUCCAGGCACUAGAAUUUAUUCCGCUAGCAAUCACUCAGACGGGAUCCUAUAUCACCAGUCGAUCAUCUCGGGUCAUAGUCUCCCGGUACCUUCGGUUAUUCCGUGAGAACGAGUCGAACCAGACACAUCUUCUUCAGCAUAAGGACGCCCAAGACCUCCGGCGGGACCCCAGUAUUCAAAAUACGCAGCUAUCAUUUAAGCAAAUCCGCCAUGAUCGGCCGGCGGCGAUGGAUUUGCUGGCACUAAUAAGCAUAUUUAAUCGGCAGGGGAUCUCAGAAGUCCUCGUCCGUGGCGAUGGGGAUGGGCUAUAA